AUGUCGUUCGAAGCACACACCGCAACCUUCUACCUCCUGUUCAACGUGAACCAGCCGGCCUUUGCCGAGGUGGCCGCCUACUAUCUGGCCUCCAAGGGCGCAGCUGGUCCGCACCAUUUCCGCGCCGGUCUGCACUAUGAUCUGAUCUCGAAGGACUCGCUCCUCAAUAUCCCGGCCGGCGCCUUCACGCCCGCCAAGCAGACCAUCUCGGGCAAGUCCUCGAUCGUCCGCUACUUUGCUCGUGCCUUUGAGAAGCACGGUGCUGCCUACUACGAGGCGCUCUCGCCCAAGGUCCAGGCCGAGAUCGACGACUGGAUCGACAGCAUCCGCAAGGCCACCGACGCCGACACCGACGUCAUCUCGACGCUCGCCCAGCGCAUCGCCGACGCCGUCGCCAAGGGUGGCUAUGUCACCUCGGCCGGCAAGCUCUCCCUGGCCGAUCUCGUUGCCUGGGACUUUGUCAAGGUUCACAUCAAAUCGCCCAACUCCAAGGUCCAUGUCCACGGCCUGGAUGCGUGGUUCAAGAAGAUCGAGGGUGUUGCCGAGAUCAAGCUCGCUCUUGAGGAGAUCCGCAAGGUGCAGAGCCAGGUCCACCAGCUCCACCUCUUCCGCGAGCAGGCUGCUCUGCAGCUCUCCGAGAUCCUGAAACUGUCGGUCACCACGAUCUACAAUUCCCUGGAGGCUCCCAAGGACGUCAAGAUGGGCGACAUUUCGGUGCCCAUUCCUCGCCUGCGCCUGCCCGGCAACCCUGCCCAGCUGGCCCAGGAGACUGUCAAGCAGUUCAAGCCCAACCAAUACCUACUCCGUGCCAUCGCCACCGGCCCAUACCUGAACAUCUUUAUCAACCGCGAUCUGCUCCGCGAUCGACUCGUUCCCCAGAUCCUGAAUCUCUCGGAUGAGUACGGCGCCAACGCCUCUGGAUUUGGCAAGACCUCUAUCGUCGAGUUCUCCAGCCCCAACAUCGCCAAGCCCUUCCACGCCGGCCACUUGCGCAGCACCAUCAUCGGCAACUUUGUCAACCGGGUGCUAAAGGCCAACGGCUGGGCCACGGUCGCUCUGAACUACCUUGGUGACUGGGGCAAGCAGUACGGUCUGCUCGCCAUCGGCUUCAGCCGCUAUGGCUCUGAGGAGGAGCUCGAGAAAGAUCCCAUUCGCCAUCUCUUCAACGUCUACGUCAAGAUCAACAACGACAAGGCCGAGAACCCCAGCAUCGAUGAUGAGGCUCGUGCUUACUUCCGCAAGAUGGAGGAGGGCGAUGAGGAGGCUCUCGGUCUGUGGCAAAAGUUCCGAGACCUCAGUAUCGUCAAGUACAAGGAUAUCUACGAGCGGCUCAAUGUGACCUUUGACGUGUACUCGGGCGAGUCGCAGUACUCUGCUCAGCAGAUGGAGAGCGUCGUCAACGAACUCCGCGACCUGGGACUGCUCGUUCCCUCCGAGGGCGCCCACAUUGUCGAUCUGAAGGAGCACGGCCUCGGAGCGGCCUUGAUCACCAAGACGGACGGCAGUAUGCUGUACCUUUCGCGCGAUGUUGCGGCUGCCAUCGAGCGCCAGAAGAAGUACAAGUUUGACAACAUGUUCUACAUUGUCGGCGAUCAGCAGAUCCACCACUUCAAGCAGCUCUUCAAGAUCCUGGAGCAGAUGGGUCUCCCGUGGUCGGCCAACUGCCAGCAUAUCAGCUUCGGCAUGGUCAAGUCCAAGGACGGCAACAUGAGCACGCGCAAGGGCACGGUUGUGUUCCUCGAGGAUAUGCUCAACUCGACCAAGGAGGAGAUGCGUGCUGUGAUGAUGCGCAACCCGGAAAAGUACGCGCAGAUCGAGAACCCCGAGCAUGUCUCGGACGUUAUUGGCAUGACGGCCAUCAUGACCAACGACAUGAGCUCUCGCCGCAUCAAGGACUACGAGCUCGACUGGGCCAAGAUGUUCCUGUUCGAGGGCGACACGGGACCGUACCUGCAGUACGCCCACUCCCGCCUGUCGUCGAUCGAGCGCAAGAACGCAGAGCUGUCGAUCACUGCCUCGAGCGAGACCAACCUCUCGAUUCUGAACGAAAAGGAGGCCCACGCGCUGAUCGACAUCCUGGCCCAGUUCCCCGAUGUCGUCCGCGACUCCAGCAAGAACUUUGAGCCCUGCAACGUCGUUUCGUACCUGUUUACGCUCUCGCACGCCAUUUCGGUGUGCUUCGAGACCCUGUGGGUCAUGGGCCAGGAGAAGGAGGUUGCCGAGGCCCGCCUGGCGCUGUACAUUGCUGCCCGCACCACCCUGGGCAACGGCAUGCGGCUACUGGGCUUCCGCCCCCUCGAGCGAAUGUAA